GAGGAGGAGGAGACUGGAGCUCGGAUUAACACCAGAGAGAGACCAGACUCUCACUCAGACAGUGGGAAGAGUCCUUCAGUGGAACCAGACCCAGAGACGCCCAACCAACACCACUGCGCCCACUGUGGAAAGAGUUUUAGGUGGUUAGGGAGCCUGCAAAUGCAUGAGAGAAUACAUACAGGAGAAAAGCCCUACCACUGUUCCCACUGUGGAAAGAAUUUUACUCAGUUAGGGGCCCUGGUUGGGCAUGAGAGAACACACACAGGAGAGAAGCCGUAUCACUGUUCCCACUGUGGAAAGAGUUUUAGGUGGUUAUGGGGCCUGAAAAAGCAUGAGAGAAUACACACCGGAGAGAAGCCUUACCACUGUUCCCACUGUGGAAAGAGUUUUAGGUGGUUAGUGAGCCUGAAAACGCAUGAGAGAAUACACACUGGCGAAAAGCCUUUCCAAUGUUCCCAGUGUGAAAAGAAUUUUAGGUGGUCAGGGAGUCUGAAAAAGCAUGAGAGAAUACACACAGGAGAAAAGCCUUUCCAACAUACUAACACACGGGAGGAGAAGACAUACCACUGCUCUCAUUGUGGAAAGACAUUUUCCCAGUCAGAGGACCUGAAAUCCCAUGAGAGAAUAGAGAGGCUGUGUUCUGACUUAAGUUUUUGACUGAGAAUGUGUCCACUGCCAGGAUUCACAGGGCCAGGGUGUCCACAAUGGAAACCUGGAAAAAAGCAGCGGAUAUUUCUGAACGUUUAUCCAACAGACCUGUACAUCCAUGAAUGGAUCUCUAUAAUGUGUAACUAUUUCUGAUGUAUGUAUUGUUUAAUAGAUGUACUAUGUAAGGUAUAUUUAUCUGUGGUUUUAUUUCACCAUAGAUUUUACAUAUGCUAUCAGAUUGCCGGGUGGGGAGAUAGGAGUUUUAUAUAUACACUGUGUGCACAAUUAUUAGGCAAGUUGUAUGUUUGAGGAUAUAUUUUAUUAUUGAACAACUACAGUGCUCUCGGUCAAUCCAAAAUGUUAAUAAACCUCAAACCUGAAUAUUUAAGAAAGUCGGCUUUCUUUGGAGAAUAUCUAUGUGUGCACAAUUAUUGGGCAACUAUUAGUGUGCAGAAUUAUUAUGCAGCUAAAUGAAAAACGAAAAGUUCCCCAUCUCACUUGUUUAUUUUCAUCUGUUAAAGUGAGAAUAAUAAACUAACUAAAAAUUUACAAAUAAACAUUUCUGACAUUUCAAAAAAAAAAAUCUGUGACCAAUAUAGCCACUGGUCAGAGAGGUGUACUGUUUACCUUCACCAUAAAUCUACCGUUUAAGAAGGGACCACAAGUUCUCAAUAGGGUUUAGGUCAGGUGAGGAAGGGGGCCAUGUCAAUAUUAUUUCAUCUUUAAGGCCUUUACUGGCUAGCCACGCAGUGGAGUACUUCGAUGCAUGUAAUGGAGCAAUGUCCUGCAUAAAAAUCAUGGUCUUCUUGAAAGAUGCAGACUUUUUCCUGCACCACUGCUUGAAGAAAGUGUCUUCUAAAAACUGGCAGUAGGUUUGGGAGUUGAGUUUGAGUCCAUCUUCAACCCGAAAAGGUCCAACUAGCUCAUCUUUAAAAAAUACCAGCCCAUACCAGUACCCCACCUCCACCUUGCUGGCGUCUGAGUCGAAGUGGAGCUCCGUGCCCGUUACUGAUCCAGCCACGGGCCCAUCCAUCUGGUACGUCAACAGUCACUCAUCUCAUCAGUCCAUAAAACCUUUGAAAAAUCUGUCUUCAGAUAUUUCUUGGCCCAUUCUUGACGUUUCAACUUAUGGGUCUUGUUCAGUGGUGGUCGGGUUUCAGCCUUCCUUACCUUGGCCAUGUCUCUGAGCACUGAACACCUUGUACUUCUGGGCACUCCAGGUAGGUUGCAGUUCUGGAAUUUGAGGAUAACAGGAGGAUAAUGGGUUCCUGGUAGCUUCACGUUUGAUUCUUCUCAGAUCCUUGGCAGUUAAUUUGCGUCUUUUUUUCUCAACACGGUUCUUGCGACCCUGUUGACUAUUUGCAACAAAACGUUUGAUGGUUCUGUGAUCACGCCCCAAUAUCUUAGCAAUUUCAAGAGUGCUGCAUCCCUCUGAAAGACUUUACCAUUUUUGACUUUUCAGAGUCAGUUAAAUCUAUUUUUUGGCCCAUUUUGCCUGAGGAAAAGAAGAUGCCUAAUAAUUAUACACACCUUGAUAUAGGGUGUUGAUCUCCUUAGGCCACACCCUCCCUCAUUACACAAAUACACAUCUCCUGAUAUGUUUAAAUCCAAUAAGCAUUCCAGUUUAUACAGCUUGGAGUUGGGAAAUAUGCAUAAUAAUGAUGAUAUGGUCAAAAUACUGACUUGCCUAAUAAUUGUGCAC